GACACCUGGACCAGCCUCCCUGCAAGUUGAGCCCCCAUCUCUCCCUCCCCAUUGCGGCCCACAUUGCCUGUUGGCAGGGCUGGGUUGGCUUGGAGUAGUAGCCAUGCGACCAUCCAUUACACUAGCACGGCGAGGCAGCCUGCUGGCUGGCUCCUUCACCAGCCGGGCGGCAGCGGCAGGCCCCUCGCCACAACCCUCUGCCAGCGGACAGCCCUCUGAUGGAAGCAGAUGUCGAGUGGCGCUGGUUCAAGGAAGCAGUCGCGGCCUGGGACUAGAGUUCGCCCGUCAGCUGCUGCAGCGGCCAGACCAUGCGGUGGUGGCCACCUGCCGCACGCCCUCCGCCGCGCGCGAGCUGCAGGAGCUGCAACGGCAGCACGGCUCCUCGCGUCUGGCAGUCGUGCAACUGGACCCGAACGAUGAGGCCAGCAUCGCGGCUGCGGCGGAGCAUGUGGCGGCGCAGCACUCCCACCUGGAUCUGCUCGUCAACGCCUCUGGCGUCUUGCAUGAUGCCACCAUGACACCCGAGACCGGCCUGGCGCGGGUGACCAUGGACAGCCUGCUCAAGUGCUUCCAAGUGAACGCGGCGGGGCACAUCCUGGUGUGCAAGGCCUUUGCGCCGCUGCUGGUGAAUGCGGCGGAGGCCGGCGGCGCCACGCCGGAGCGGCCGGCCGUCAUCGCCAACCUGUCGGCACGAGUGGGCAGCAUCGGGGACAACCAGCUGGGAGGCUGGUACUCGUAUCGUGCCAGCAAAGCAGCGGUGAACCAGCUGACCAAGUGCAUGGCGCUGGAGUUUGAGCGGCGCAAGCAGCCGGUGGCCUGCAUCUUGCUGCACCCUGGCACCGUUGACACAGAUCUCAGCAAGCCGUUCCAAAGGAAUGUGCCGCCUGAGAAGCUGUUCCCGCGGGAGCGGGCAGUGCGCCAGCUGCUGCAGAUCAUCGACCGGACCAGCAUGCAAGACACCGGGCGAUUCUACGACUGGAAAGGGACCGAGGUGGAGUGGUGAACGCCCGUGGUGUGGUGCAGUUGUGUGCGUGCUAUAUCUGCUGUUGGUACCGUGCCUCGUGCCCUUCUGCAACUGUGACCAGCUUGCUUGCCUUCUCUUCUGUCCUGACAUUCGUCCCUGUCCCUUCAAUGUUCCGACAACCUGGCAUCCCAUCAACCAUGUGCAUUGCCAAUCGUUUGGCUUGG